AUGCAGCCCUACGUUGGCAAGCUCGGCAAUGCAUACUUCUACGAUAAUCCUUCAAUAAAAAGACCACACUCUCCCUGCGCCGCUGUGGUUGGCGGUAUCACGGCCUGGAAAGGCACCAACACGACCUUUGAGAACAAGUACGGCGUCUACAUCGUCGACUCGCAGGUUCUCGCGGCGAAUUCGUCCAUCGUCGAUGACAUUAAGGGCAUGUACUCCCUCAGGCGCCCCUAG